AUGUUGAUAUUGUUAAAUAUUUGUAAAGAAUUUUAUUACGAAUUAAAAAACUGGCCAUCUUAUCUUAGUGGUUUACAUAAAGCAUCAAGUUUCGUUGAGAAUCCAAGAUCAUUAUCUCCUUCAGCCAUCCUUGAUUCUGAUCCAGAAAGCGUUUGCGAUACUAGCAAUUUUUCCGUGCCUCAAGGAAUUUUCGUAUACGAUUCAAAUGAAGAGUACUGUGAAUCUGACACCCUCGAGGACAGUGAUACAGAACUAUCAGAUGACUUCGCGGAUAGUGAUGAUGACUCGAAUGAUUAUGUUGAAGGAGAAAUGAACGUGUAUUUAGAAACAACUCUCAAUGAUAAUCAGAAUCCAUGCAUUGAUGAAGCUCGUCAACUUUCCAAUACCAUCAGGUAUCCGAAAGCUGUUUUGAUAAGGACAUUACUUAUCCUUUCCAUAAAGGUUAAAAAAAGUUUAGAUAAUGAGACAGUCCAACUUAUAGCCGGAUUGGUAGAUUCUUUAUCUGAUGAACCCUCAAAUUGUACAACGUCGUAUCACUUUAAAAAAAUUAUUGACAGUUACUCAUUUCCUUUCGAAAUCCAUCAUUUAUGCCCGACUUGUGGUUUAUAUAUUGGAGUACAAUGUAAAACUGAGGAUGAAUCUACAUUGAGGUGUGAGAAAUGUAAUAUUGACGUUCCGAUAAAAAAAAAAAUAAACGUUCAGAAAACUCUAAAAGAAUUUUGCUCUCAUAAUCAUGAAAGUUUGUUGUACCCAAUACAGCGUAAAAAACAAUGUUAUUUUGCGAUUGAAGACAUAAUGGACGGGAAAUUAUACAAUCUGGAUUCCUCGAGCGAAGAUUCAUUAUCUUUAAAUUUUAAUGUCGACGGGACUCCUUUAUUCAAAAGUUCACAAACUUCCAUUACUCCAGUGCUAUGUACAAUUAAUGAGCUCCAUCCUCAAGAACGCAAAAAACAUGUAAUGCUUGUUAUUAAAAUUCCAAUCGGAGUAUGUGAUUCAGUCGAGCGGCCUAAUUUAAGAUGUUCCAAAUCAUUUCGAGGAGAGUACGGCUGCGGUCUUUGUAAACAUCCAGGAGAAGAAAUGCAAAAAGGUGCUGGACAUGUUCGUGUCUAUCCGAUAGAUGCAGAAGGAAAUGCUUUCGGAGAAGGCUUGCGUUCCCAUUCAGAAACAGCAAUGCAUGCAGAAGAACGAGAAAAAGGCAUUAAAGGUCGUUCUAAAUUGUUUGAUAUACCAAACUAUGAUAUAAUCAAAAAUCUUACAGUCGAUUGGAUGCAUUGCAUUGCUCUAGGUGUGUGCCGGCAAUUUUUAAAAUUAUGGUUUGAUCCUCAAUAUCAUGCAAAAUCAUUUUAUCUUGGCCGCGUAAUAAAUGAUAUUGAUUAUUUUAUAACAUCAAUUAAACCAUCGUUGGACAUCACCAGAACUCCACGAAAAAUCUCUGAUCGCUUACACCUUAAAGCACACGAGUUAGUUAUAUGGUUGUUAUUUUAUAGUUUACCAAGUUUGAAAAGAUAUUUACCAAGGAAAUAUUUUAAUCAUUGGAAAUCUUUACGGAGUAUGAUUGCAUUUCGCAAAUUAGAAGAAUGUUAUGAACAUGAUUUAACUUUAAUCCAACGGGAAUUUUUAAAAAAAUCGAUAAACAAAAAAAAAUAUUCCAGCAAUUCAACUAAGAUUGACAAAAUUAAAAUGAUUCGAAAAGGUUUGAUACAGGAUUUACCAGGUAGUCACUGUUUGGCAUUGAGGCAGAUUGAUGUCCGCGUCGAUGAUAACUCUGAUGUGUUAUAUUAUAAAAGAAUAAUCACUAAUAAUGAAGUUAUACAUAGUAAAUCAUAUACCAAAGUUCAGAAAAGAAAUAGUUAUACUGUAUUAUUAUCAAACACAGAAGUUUUCGAAAGUGACAUAUUUAUUCAUGUUGAAGUACAACAAAAUGACAGAUGUUUGGCUUUAGGAAGAUACAUGAAUAAAUGUAGAAAUAAUUUUUUCCCCAAUGUACAGUUGAAACAUUUAAUAUUCACAAAAAUUCCGGAUCUUCAAGAACCUCUAGCUGCGAUUGACGCAAAAUUGAUUCAGCAAAAAGUUACAAUUAUUCAUGACUCAGCUGAUGACGUUCAUAUUGCCUGUAUUCAUCCGAACAAAUAUGAAUUAUUAACUUAA